AUGGUUCUUUGCUUACUUUAUAAUUUAUUGUUCAGAUGGACAAGAACAAAUAUUUAUUAUACUAAACUUUAUAAUAAUACUUAUCAUUAUUAUAAUACUUCUGGUUAUCAUAAUAAAAAUGCAAAUUCUUAUCUUGAUAAUUUGAAUAAUUUAAAAACACAACUUUCAACUAUUCAAUCACAAAUAACAAAUCUUAGAAAUUUAUAUAAUCUAACAAAUUCUAUAUAUCAAAACAAUAAAAAACUUUUAACUGAAAAAGAAGUAAAUCUAAAUAAUGAGAUUAAAAAACAUAAUAAUACUAAAAAGAAACUUGAUGAAUUUUAUAAUAAAUUCAUUGAAGAAUUAAACUUAAAUAAAGAACUUCAAAAACAAUUAAAAAAAGACUAUCAACAAUAUCUUAAUGAAAUUAAACCUCAUGAAAUAACAAAAAAUAAAUUAAAAAAAGAAAAAAAAGAACAUAAUGAAACAAAAAAUAAAUUAGAAAAUGAUAUUAAAGAAACAAACCAAAAAUAUCAAAAAGAAAUUGAAAAAAUAAACAAGAAACAUAUCGAUGAUAAUAAAACAAAAAAUGCUGAAAUUGAAAAAUAUAAAACAAAAUAUGAAGAUACUUUAGAAAAGUUACAAAAAGAAAAAGAAAAUCAUAAUAUAACCAAAAAAAAAUUAAAAACCAAAAAACUUUAUAAGUAUAAUAAAAAAAUUGUUGAUUUAAAUGAUUUAUUAAAGAAAAAAAAUAAUGAAAUUAAGAAACUAAAAAAAGAUCAUAAAUUGUUAAAAGCAAAAUAUGAUCAAGCACAUAAAAAUACUAAUAAAAUUAAAAAAGAUUUAAAAGAUUUACAAGAUUUAAUUGAAGAAAAUAAAUUAAAACCUGAAGUUAUUGACAUUGCUGAUACAGCUUUUACUUUAGAAAAAUUAGUUAAAACAUUUGGUUAA